AUGAGGACGUCUGUAGUGCUGUUGGUGUUGCUGGCGGUGGCUUCACACACUGCUGCGAAGCCCAAAAACCGCUUCACUCGUUAUCCGUCCUGGAACACUAAGAUGUACCCAAUCUGGAAGGAUGGAGACCCUCGGUACAAAGACUCCUGGAAAGGCGGCAGAGUGACGUUCAAUGUAGGCAAUGAUUCACCAACUCUGACUGGAGCCAAAGUCACCUUCACCAUCGACUUGGAGUUCCCACACAACCAGAGGGUGCAGCCGGAUGGAGACGUUGUUUGGGCUGAAGACUGCGUUGUCAAUGGAACAAAGUACCUUGAAUCUGAGCCAGUAUACCCAACACAGAACACAGACUGGGAAGCUGUUUUCCCUGAUGGGACACCAAUUAAGAAGGACAAGAAGCCGGGCUAUGUGUUUGUCUGGAAGACCUGGGGUCAGUACUGGCAGGUGGCAGACGAUUCCUCCUCCUCUCUGACCAUUGGGACAGAUGACAUCCCACUGGGCUCCUACACCAUGGACAUCGUUAUCUACCACUACCGCAGCAAGGAGAAGUUCAUUCCUCUGGGAUAUGCCUCCACUCAGUUCUCCAUCACCGAUCAAAUCCCAUUCGCCGUCUCCCUGGACCAAGUGAACGACAUCGUGGCUGGAGACAUGCGCUUCAUCCAGAACAGAGCGAUCGCCUUCACCAUCACCCUCCACGACCCCAGCAAGUACCUCAGCAACGCAGACAUCACCUUCAACUGGGACUUUGGGGAUGAAAGUGGAGCCCUCAUAUCCAGAGAGCUGACUGUCACUCACACCUACAUUAACUCUGGCUCCUUCAAGCCCCAGGUGGUGAUCCAGGCGGUGAUCCCGGAUAAGGCCUGCGACCCACCAGUUGAUACCCCAACCAAGGCCCCCGGUCCACCUACUGAUCAUGAAACCACAGUCAAAGCUCCUGCAAUGGUGUCUGCUGUUCCAAUACUGAUUUCCACCAAAGCAAGUGGUCUGGUUGUCAACACGGUUCCUUCGGACACAGAGGAGGACAACAGCGAGGACGAGGCUUCCACUGCCUCCACAACUCAGCAGCCUGGUCAGGAAACACCCACAGUGGCCAAGACUCCCUCCCCCAUCAACCGCAAUAAGCCAGCUGACUCAGCCUCGGCCGAGUCUUCCAUGAUGCUCCCAGCUGUGAAUGAGCAGGCGAACAGUGAGGCAGGGACUGGGCUUGAAGCAGGUGUAAAGCGAACAGUGACACUGACGGGCCAAGCUACAGUGGUAGUGGUUGCUAAAAGGGAAGCCGAUGAUAAACCCUCUGAUGAUGACUGCGUGAUUUAUCGAUACGGCUCCUUCUGCACCGGCAUCGAAGUGGUUGAGGGAAUUGAAAAAGUAGAGAUUGUACAAAUGGACAAUGCUGUGAUGGCAUCACCUGGAACGGACAAACAUGCUUUGGAUCUCACUGUUACCUGCCAGGGAAGCCUCCCAAAAGAGGUGUGCAGUGUGAUUCUGGAUGAGCAGUGCUUGAGGCCGAUUCACACGAUAUGCAACAUGGUGGAGCCUUCCAAAGAGUGCCAGCUGGUGUUGCGUCACUUCUUCAAUGACUCUGGUGUCUACUGCAUCAAUGUGUCCAUGGCCAAUGAUGUCAGUCUAGCCGCCACCAGUGCCAAAGUCAAUGUCGACAUGGGCUCGGAUCUGUCCUCUUCUGGCACAAUCGCUAUGAUGUUGGGUGUCCUGGCACUCGUCCUGGCAGUAGGAAUAGUGGCGUUUUCUUACAAGCGCCUGAAGUCCUACCGUCCUCUGAAGGAAGACGUCAUCAUAUCUGCAGGCCCGCAGCUCGGCCAGGCGCACACUUGCUCCGCAGCAUCGAUGUUCUGGAACCUCCUGAACAGACGAGGAGCCGUGGACAACUGCCCUCUGCUGCAGGAGAGGCCGGUCUGAACCAGCCUUACACAACCAAAUACCAAACCAAGCAUCAUCUGAUUGCAAGUUACAGGCACCUGGGAUGUCUUUUUAUACUUUUUUUUAAAAAACAUGUUUUCUAAACAAUAAACUUAAUGAGUGUGUAACAAUUAAUUACAAUUAAAUCAAAAAAAUUCUUAAAAUUACACCUUAAGACAUGCUCUGAUUUUUGUAUGUAUUUGAAGUUUGGUAGUUGAAGUGUAUGCUUUCAUUUGGACAAAACUGACUUUUAAUAUUUUUCAAAUAAA